GCCAGUACCAGUAAUCCAAAGUAACCAGUUAAUAGAAAGUGUUAAUAAGGCGCAAUAAAUCAUUUCAAUAGUGUUAAAGUGAAAAGUGCGAAGAUUGUCAACUUUUUUCAUCCAACCUCAAAAGAGAAAACGAACAUUUGCUUCUUCUACGUUCUACUAGUCAAAAAGUGCAAAAAUCAUCUACGAACUGUCUGAAACUAGAACUGUCUUGAACACUGCCAACAUAAGUGAAUAUAAUUUAUGAUAUAAAUAUAGAACUCGUUGAUUCUGCAUAGUGCUACCCAAAAAAAAUCUGGAUAAUCUCGUCGUUACGCAACACGCAGAACAUCAUAAACAUCAACCCUCGAUAACUCAUCAACUGCGGAUCGGAACCAAGAGUGAAAAUAUAUAUAGGACAAAGAGAUCAAAAUAAAAUAGCGAGAAAACCCCAAGAUGGCUGCCCUUAUUGUACAACGCUGUAAUACAGCCGCACGUGCCGUAUGCAAGUUGUAUGUGGCCACAACAUCCACCCAUACAGCAUUUCUAGCGCGAACCAUCACAACCACUAACCGGCUACAUAUUCAAAACAACACAACCAACCAUGGCAAGAGCAAACAGCUGUCUUCGUCCGAUAUCAAGAAGAUACCGGAUAGUGAGGUUCGAAAAUCGGUUUUUAUCUCGCAGUCCAACGAUAUCUACUCCAAUCUUGCUCUUGAGGAUUGGAUCUAUCGGAACUUUGACUUUGCCCAUCACCACAUCCUCAUGCUAUGGAUCAACUCGCCCACGGUGGUGAUUGGUCGGCACCAGAAUCCUUUUGCCGAGGCCAAUGUAUCCGCUUUGAUGCGCAAUGGGGUGGAGCUGGCACGGCGGAACAGCGGCGGCGGGGCAGUGUACCACGAUUUGGGCAAUUUGAACUGCACCUUCUUCACACCACGUGCUCGCUACGAUCGGAAGUACAAUUUGAAUCUUAUCACGAGGGCUCUGUACCGGGAGUACGGCAUCAGUGCGGACAUUUCCGACCGGGACGACAUCACAUUGAUGGGCAAAAAGAUCUCCGGUACCGCUGCCAAACUGGGUCAGCCUAAUGCUUAUCACCACUGCACCCUGCUGGUCAACUCGAAUAAACUGCAUCUGGGCGAAUCGCUAGUCAAAGACAACGCCGAAGUAAUAAAAAAUCAUUCCAUGGUUAUUCAUGAAACUCCUUCAAUUGUCAAAAACGUAUCUGGUAUGCACAAAGUUCAACAUUCAAUCAGUUUCUCUCCUUUUAAAGGCAAACCAUCGAUAACAUUUUUCCUUUUCAAAUUUCAUUCCUUUUUCGACGGAUUGAUAGGAUAUGAGUCUCUAUCUCAACUUCAAGCCAAUAUCAUCACCUCAUCCAACACACUAGAACUCUCCAAUGAAAUUUUUCCCAUGAAAAGGCUAUAUCCAGAAUCCUUCUCAGUCCAAAUCAACGCACAUGAACAAGUGAAAAUUGAAUUACCCACAACCGUUAGCAAUGGUGACUUUUUAAUUGAAGAUAGGUUCCCACUGACAGAAGAUGUAGUUGUUUUACCCGGAAUAUAUAAAGCAGAAAAUAAUAAAGCAGUCAUACUCGCUUCCAAUACUUCGAACACAUCUGUCAAAAUGAACCCCAAUAGGCAGCUUAUCGCUGAAAUGAAUAAUUUCAAGUAA